AUGGCAUAUGACCGAUAUGUUGCUAUAUGUGAUCCUUUACACUAUCACUCUAUUUUAAACAGGAAACUCUGUCUUGUAUUGGCAUCAGGCACUUGGAUAUCAGGAAGCUUAAAUGCAUUUGUGCUUUCAAUCCCAGCAUCACACAUGUCCUUCUGUCAGUCUCGCACCAUACACCAGUUUUUCUGUGAUGCUAAAGCUCUGAUUAACAUCUCCUGUGCUGGCAGUGACGAUCUAUAUAUUGUAAUAUACACUGAGUUUUUGGUAUAUGGAGUUUUCCCAGUCAUGUUCUUUUUGAUAUCAUAUAUAAAAAUUAUCAGAGUCAUCUUGAAGAUAAAAUCUAAGGAUGGCAGGAAGAAAGCCUUCUCCACCUGCUCAUCCCACCUCACUGUUGUUAUUAUGUACUAUAUUUCAGGUGUCUCUGUGUACAUGAUGCCACCAUCAGAAUACUCCGAUGUCCUAGAACAGGUGUUUAGUGCACUGUACACAGUUGUAACUCCCAUAAUAAACCCUCUGAUCUACAGUCUACGGAAUAAAGAUGUGAAAAUUUCUCUGAUGAGACUGCUGUGGAGAAAACAAAGUAUUGAACGGUGA